AUGAGUGCUGAACAAGACGUUGAUACUGCUACUUUGGAACAACUCCGUGACAUCUUGAUCAACAAAUCUGGAAAUGUUAAACUUGCAAACAGAUUUAGAGCUCUAUUCAACUUGAAAUGUAUAGGUUCAGAAAUUGAUGCCGAUAAGGAAAGAGCUGAUACUGCUGUUCAAUAUAUUGGUGAAUGUUUCAAAGAUAGCUCAGAAUUAUUGAAACAUGAAGUUGCCUAUGUUUUAGGUCAAACCAAAAAUUUAUCCUCUGCUCCAAUAUUGAGAAAUGUUUUAGAAGAUGAACAAGGUCAACAAGUUAUGGUUAGACAUGAAGCUGCCGAAGCUUUAGGUGCUUUAGGUGAUAAAGACUCUUUAGCUCUAUUAGAAUCAUACUUCAAGAAUGAUCCACUAAUUGAAAUUAGACAAACUUGUGAAUUAGCCAUUGAAAGAAUUCAUUGGGAAAAUUCCGAAAAGGCCAAAACUGAAAGAUUACAAGACAGUUUGUACUCAUCAAUCGAUCCAGCACCACCAUUAGAUUUAAACACUGAAUAUAAAAUUGAAAAACUACAAAAAAUUUUGAAUGAUCAGGCCACUCCAUUAUUCGAACGUUAUAGAGCCAUGUUCAGAUUAAGAGAUAUAGGAACUGAUGAAGCUUGUUUGGCUUUAGCUUCAGGUUUUGCUGAUGAAUCUGCUUUAUUCAAGCAUGAAAUUGCUUAUGUUUUUGGUCAAAUAUGUAACCCAGUUACUGUCCCAUCAUUAAUUAAUGUCUUGAAAGACACCACUGAAGCCCCAAUGGUUAGACACGAAGCUGCUGAAGCUUUAGGUUCUAUUGCAACUGAUGAAGUUUUACCAAUUUUGAAAGACUUUGCUAAAGAUAGUGAUGAAGUUGUUAGAGAUUCAGCUAUUGUUGCUUUAGAUAUGUAUGAAUAUGAAAACUCUGGUGAAUUGGAAUAUGCCACUGCUGCUUAA